CUGGUGAACAAGAUCCCGAUACUGCAAGGACUGGAUCCCAUGACGUUGUUAGAGGUCCUUUCGAUGGCGCAGACUGCAGUUCUCGGCCCGGGAACCACCAUCAUCAACGCCGGGUAUCCCCCGGGCCCGAUGUUCUUUCUCGAGUCUGGCAAGUGUGUGGUGCAAGUGCGAGGGCGGCAGGUUGCCAUGCUGGACGCGGGGGACUGCUUCGGUGAGAUCUCGCUGCUGUCAGCCGAGCCGAGGACGGCAGAUGUCAUCACGCUGACCCAGAGCACCGUCUUGCAACUCCCCGCUGUCCUUUUCCUGCAAUGCGCGCACUCCAACCCAGCGUUGAUGGGUAGGCUCCAGAACCUUGCGAACUCAAGGUUG